UAACCAAAAGCUAAUUACCGAAACCCAAAAUCUACCGAGUAAAAUCAUCCUUAAAAGCACUUAAAAUGGUGCCAAAUCAUGCUCUGAUAGAGGUAUGAUAUAUUAUAUAUACAUUACUCCGUAUUAAAUAUUGAUGAUGCACUCUCAUUGUUCAAAUCUUUUUAUUUUAAUUCGGAGUGAAUCUUUCAAGCGCCUGCGAUUAUCACCAGCUGUUUCGAAUUGAAUUGGUAACUUCUUCUUGCAACUUUUCUUCUUCCGUAACUUCUCUCUGUCACUGUAGAGCGAGGUGGCAUUUGGCAGUGGGGUUUUAGGUUUAUGAUUCUUUGAGGAAGUUUAUAAUUUUUGGGAAUUUCUGUGAAAACUUGAACUUUUUCUGCGGAUUGGUGGUCUGGGUCUCGCUAAAAAUGCAAUCUUUAGACAAGUCCGGCGUUGAUUUAGAAGCUGGAGAGUGCGGAGACGGCGGCCGGCGCAAUUCAGCCGCCGUGAGCGGUGGCCGGCCGUUUUCCUCUGAAGCUGUGGAGGUGGGCAAUACCGAAGUUCCCGGCUUGCCGGAGAAGAGGAUUUCUUCCGUGUCAGAAUGCUCUGUGGAGGUGGAUCUGGUGGGGGCUUCUGCAAAAGAGGAAACCAAAUUGCAUUUUCUGAAAACUGAGAGGGAUUGCAGGAUUUGCCAUCUGAGCAUGGAUUCAGAGAAUCAAGAACCCUCCGGGGGGAUGGGGAUGGGGAUGGGGAUGGGGGUCUUCAUUGAACUAGGUUGUUCUUGCAAGGAUGAUUUGGCUGCUGCCCACAAACAGUGUGCUGAGGCCUGGUUCAAGAUUAAGGGAAACAGGAUUUGCGAGAUCUGUGGAUCAAUUGCCAGCAAUGUUGUAUGCGUGAACGAGGCAGAGUCGAUUGAGAUGUGGAGUGAAGCGAACGCUGCAGCAGUAGCGGGAUCCAGGGCAGCGCCCCAGGUAGAGUCGCAACGCUUCUGGCAAGGCCAUCGGUUUCUCAACUUCAUGCUAGCCUGUAUGGUUUUCGCCUUUGUAAUCUCCUGGCUCUUUCACUUCAACGUCUCCUCGUGAAACUGUGAUCCUCGAAGAUUGUAAAACCGCCCAACCUAAAAACCCUUGUAUAGUUACCAACAACAUUGAUUCAGGUUAGAAUUCUGUCCUGUCCUGUCCUACACCACUCUUGCCCCUGUUCAGCUUGUCCUUGCCCUGCUUUGCAAACUUGUUCAUACUGUUCUGAGAUUUUUAUGUAUUAAUAGUGACAUUAUAGUUUUUUUUCUUUUUUUUUUUAAAUAGAUUUAAGAAAGAGAGAGAGAGAGAGUAUUGUUGGUUACUUAGCUGUAACAUAGUCCUGCUUAUUAUGUGCAACUAUUGUUUUACAAGUUCAUAUUCAGUAUUGUUACUCUCUA